CAGAGGCUCGAACACGACUUGCAGCGGAAUACUAAGCUUAAACACGCCAAUCUGUUACCUUUGUUAGGUAUAACUCAAGGAUUUGGUCCACUGCCUGCUAUCGUCUCCCCAUGGAUGAACAAAGGCUCACUUACCAUACUUCUGGAACGUGAUUUCCAGCAACUCACUCUCACUCGAAUGCUCCAAAUCCUCAAAGAUGUCGCUUCAGCUCUUCAGUACUUGCACUCCGAAAACAUAGUACACGGUGAUCUCACCGGCAACAACAUUCUCAUCAAUGAGACCGGAGACGCCUUCGUGGCUGACCAUGGAAUUCUUAUUUUUUGUGCCGAGCUCCAUGGCACGUCAUACAUCAGAAGCAAUGUGCGAUGGGCUGCGCCUGAAAACUUUCAAGUUCCGGAAGAUGAGGAGUCAAUAAGCUUACCCCAAUUGGCAUCAGACAUCUAUUCUUUCGGGUGCAUCAUGUUGCAGGUCUUCACAGGAAAGGUUCCGUAUUCCGAAUUUCGGAGUGACCAUCAAGUUACCGUACAAAUACUCAGAGGCCGAAAGCCUGCCCGACCAGUGACUCCAUCCAUUCCCGAUGCUCUGUGGGAUUUCAUGCAGAAGUGCUGGCUUGAUAAACUGGAACAAAGGCCUUCAGCUAACGAAGUCCUGACAUUUAUACAGGAACAGCUAAAGGAAAGCUCCUGCUCUCAUGCGACUCGUGAUGCCACGGCAGUUUCCUAG